CCCUGUCUUUUCUCAGCGCUUAUUCCUGGAAGUUCUACACGUCGGAAACCGGCUCUCCUCAUUCUGUCCAAAACCAACAUUCCAGCAUUUUAAUUACCAGUGGAACUGUCCGUUUCACUCGAUAAUUCUUCGCGUUGUUUAUCUUGAUCGGGAGUGUAAAUAAUCCAAUUCUCUCGUGAGAUGGCAGGUCGCGCGCGCCCUUACCAUCCCUUUGAGCCGGAUUCAAUUCCAGGUCCCAGUCGCUAUGGGCCCUCUAGCUCAUCUCAGCGAGCAGAAGCUUCUAAAACGGCUCGAAAACAAGCCAAUGAUAUGCCAGUGAAUCGUAAUAUCAAUCAAACGCGUUACCCUGAACAAGCUGCUGUGAAAUUCGCGCGUAAAACUUCAAGUCAAGUGGAACGGGCGAACAUUUCCAGGCCCUUUCCUCGCCCUGACGAUAGAGCCCCAUCAGUCGCUCGAAAGGCUCCCUCCUCCGCGUUUCCUCGACCUGACGAGACGCCAUGGCGCAUGAGACACCAAGUCCAUAGAAAACUCCCUUCUUCCCCAAUUCCCCCAGCCGAAUCUCGUAUACCCGAGAACCAAGCUGCUAGAAAGCAGCCUUACACACCACUUGAACAGUGGGCUGUCCAAGAUGAAGAAAGGUUAGCAAGAGCAGCUGUAAGAUCGACACUUCAGCGACGGUCUAUCAUCACGCCGUCCCGAAAGCAGACCUUUGCGAUGCCUCACUCAGUCAAGAGCAGGGAUCGAGAGGUGUUCUUUCUUGGCCCCGGUAUGAAUAUUGUUAACGCUCGCAACCCCACUCAACCUCAGCUUGGCACGAAAGCUGCGCGCAAAAAGGACGUAGUUGAGAUACUUUCUGAUAGUGACGAAGACGAGGCUGCGUCACCGGACUCUGAUCUCGAGCUCUCAGCGUCUCCGCCCUCUGAAUCCGAGGCAGAACCGACACCAACCAGCGAUGACGACGAACUGGAAUAUGUAGACAACACCCAGGAACAAGACAAGGAGACGCACGCCAUACCUGAGCCUGAACUACUCGAAGCCCUCCAGGCACACUAUUUUACAACCCUCCGGAUGCAGGACACGUCGAGACUGCCUUUCCUGCGUAGGAGUCUCCGAAGGGGCUUCCGGAAUCAAUGCCAUCUGCGUGGGUACGGUCUACAGCGGCCGUCGAGCAAACCGCACAUCACCCUGGUGUACGACUGUCCUUCAGCUGAGAGGACCUGCACAACGCACGUAACUGACUGGCUCUGCCCCGUAUGCGAGCUUCACGGUGCAUUCGAUAACCAGGAGCAGUUGGCUUGUCAUCUGACGUGGGACCAUCCCGAGCUGGAGGUCAAAUGGGAGAGGGAGUUUAGCCUUAGUAGUGUUCAGCGUGUAGGACCACGAUGGCGAUUGGAAGUGACGAUACCAGCUAUACCCGCAUCACCGCCUCCGUCUAUACAAUAUCCCGCACAAGAUACCAUUGAGAAUGAACCUCCCACAGAAGAGACUCACGAGCUUCAAGUUCAGCGUGAACCCAACCUGCGCGCUGAGCCUUCCCUUCCCGAUGAAGGUCUACUCAGGCCAACUGUUGGGCAUCCAGUUACACCUCAAACCAGACCCGUAGCAACGACAACCUCUCUUCGGUCAAUGACGCCAGCCUCCACACUCCAGAAGAUGAAGAUGUUCCAACCCAUUUUCCGACCAUCAUCCACACCCAGUGUAAUCCCCCGAGUCGCAAAGCGCCCGAAUAGAUCAUGCACUCCACCACCACCUGACCGGAUGCUAGGUCCCGCCGCGCAGCCACCAUACCUCCCGGAUAACCUGUACUCAUGCCGUCCCGGGGGUCCCCGCGUGUUUGACCUGCUCCAGAUGCUUGACAUGCGGCCGUUUGGGGUCUUGGCGUGGUCUGUCAUCGAGAGGGAGGAUGAGAUCUUUGAGAGCGAUGAUAUCAGAGAUGAGCACAAGGUGAUGCAUGCUUUGUGGGCGAGGUGGAUACUUCUAAAUCGGAGCACGUUUAUAGCGAAUUACUGUCGGGGUAUCACUGAGUUUGUGGAUGAAUAUUGGUUGAUGAUACAUAAAGCAGCGGGAUGGAAGGCGUUAAGGUAUUGGCUUAUGACCAUGCUCUCAAAUAGAUACCUUAAGGGUGAGGAGGUCGCGAGUGUCCUGAAAUUUUACGAGGAUAAGACCCAGAUGGAUCUAUGGUAUGAUGAAUAAUUGUAUACCCUGUGUAUAUCGAGUGAAUGUACGACCGCUUUGAGGCUUAUUCAUUCUUCCGUAUAGUGUCUAGGCUCCUAUCGGUAGGUCAUGGGGAGGAUGAAUGCAUGCUAAAA